CUGUCACUGUGGCUCCUGUCACCCUGGCUGUGUUCUCAAAGCUAACCUCCACCUUUUCUCCUCUUCUCGAUUUCACGCAACAUCAAAUCUCUUCUGUUCGUUACUCCAGUCUGCUCCAGUCUGACAUAAGUACGACGACGGAGAGAUAAGAGAUCUGAACCGGUGGAGCCCAUCCGAUCGCGCAUUGGAGUCCCUAAUCUAUCCCUAUCUCACCUAUUAAUAAAUACUUGAUAAUAUCAAUAAUAAUAAUCGCAAAGCUUCAAAAGGAGCUGGUGAGUACAAGUGCCUCUCCAUCGCAGUGUCCCUUUCUUUGCCAUCUUUUGCCUUGGGAUACACCGAUCUGUCUUCGAGAUUCAGAGUGUUGUCGGAUCUUACUGUGAUCGGUUAUCCUUUUCGUCUGAAGUUGAAGCUCACGGCCUGUAUCAGACAGAUCACCGUAACACAGGCAAGCGCAAAUAUCCAGCUCGAUGAGUCUCCCAGCUUCGGCGGACACGACUGAGAAGGUGGCCGCGACUUCCAACGGCGUCGAUGUGGAGGAUCCCAACCAUGAUGCAGCCGUCGUCGGUCCGUCAUGGAUGUACAAGCCAUUGAAGAUCGGACGGUGGACGCUGCCAUGGUUCGCCUCGCCGGAGACUCAGCUCCUUCUUGUGUCCUUCGUGUGUUUCCUAUGUCCGGGCAUGUUCAAUGCGGUCAAUGGGUUGGGCGGAGCAGGUCAACUCCGCACGAACGACGUUAGUGACUCCAACACCGCCUUAUACAGUACUUUCGCCGUGGUUGGUUUCUUCGCUGGUUCGAUCGCAAACCGCAUUGGCUUGAAGUUGACGCUUUCAUUUGGUGGUUUUGGAUACUUCCUCUAUGUGGCUUCGCUGCUCUCCUAUAACCACAACCAGAAUGUCGGUUUCCUCGUCUUCGCUGGUGCGUUGCUGGGUGUUUGUGCCGGUUUGUUGUGGUGUGCACAAGGGGCCGUGAUGAUGAGCUAUCCUCUAGAGAAGGACAAGGGCAAGUUCAUUGCCGUCUUCUGGGUCAUUUUCAACCUAGGUGGUGUCAUUGGCAGUUUGGUACCCUUGGCACAGAACUUGCAUUCGACCGCUGGGACGGUGAAUGAUGGCACAUAUAUCGCAUUCUUGGUUCUCAUGGCAGUUGGAUUCGUGCUCGCCUGGGGUCUGUCGGAUUCCAAGUACAUCAUGCGCAAGGAUCAUACCCGAGUCAUUGUGAUGAAGCACCCUACAUGGAUGUCCGAGAUUAAGGGUCUACUGGAGACUCUAAAGACGGACUACUAUAUCGUCCUUCUCUUUCCCAUGUUUCUUUCCAGUAACUGGUUCACCGCAUACCAGUUCAACAGCGUUAAUGGCGCUUACUUCGACAUUCGAACUCGCGCGCUCAAUUCGUGUCUCUAUUGGGUCAGCCAGAUGAUUGGUGCCUUUGUUAUGGGCCAGCUACUCGACUUGCCUUUCUUGUCACGGACUCUCCGUGCCAAACUGAACCUAGUCAUCCUUUUCUGCCUGACCAUGGGCAUCUGGGGUGGAGGCUACGCCUUUCAGAAGACGUACACGCGCUCUUCGCUCCCCACCCAAGCUGAUCUUCCGAAGGACUUCGCCGACCGUGGCUAUGUUGGCCCCAUGUUUCUCUACAUGUUCUAUGGCUUCUAUGACGCUGCCUUCCAGACCUGCACUUAUUGGUACAUGGGCGCCCUCACAAACAACAGCCGAAAGCUGGCAAACUUUGCCGGUUUCUACAAGGGCAUCCAGUCGGCAGGUGCCGCGAUUACUUGGCGUAUGGACGCCAUGGGCACCUCUUUCAUUCGAGAGUUCGCUGCUUCCUGGGGUCUUCUAGCGGGCAGCAUCCUCAUUGCGUCCCCAGUUGUCUUCUUCAAGAUCAAAGAAUCCAUCGAUAUCGUGGAUGAUGUGAAGUUUUCGGAUGAGAACGUCACAGAGGUCGCCCCUGAUGCUUUGACAGGGACUGAGCUGUCAGGCACAACGAAAGAGAACAAAAAUGAGGCCGUCGCUUAAUUUUGUGUCCUUUCUGCCUUGAUUGGAACAAUGUCGUUGUGAACGAGUGGAAGACAAUUUCCGUUGAUUGUUCGAAUGACGCUAUGACUGCGGUAUGCGUAGUCGAUUCCUAAUGGACCGGAACAGGAGGCCCCUAUACCCAUGUUGAUGUUAUUUUAAUAUUAUGUGUUCAUAAUUCGCCCACUCGGAGCACUCACUUCUUUGUCCCCUUCAUUCCUUAGCAUUUCGGUGGUUUCUGAGCGUUGAAAUUAUCAUUGCGCGAAAACAUCCAUGACUACGGAUAUCAGCUUUUGACUUGGUUUAUCACCGUUUAUCGGGUAUAUCACCAAGUCGACAUAUU